AUGCUUCCGGAAGACUGGUCGAUAUUUCAACGAUAUACACGCCGUGUCCGGACAUUCGAGUUCGAUAUCGGCGACUCGCGCGCACCAGACGUCUAUCGGGCAUUGAGCUUCCUUCCAACCUCUUCUCCCUUGUUUCCCCACCUGCAACGGGUUAUCGUUCGUGGUAGUGAUAACAGUAAAAUCUCGGAUGAAGUGCUUCACUUUGUUUGCUUGCUGUUUGGACAAAAACUCGUUCAUAUCGACCUAGGGAUGGAACGUGCUGAACCACCACAACUGUCUCUUUUUAUGAACUUAGGAAACACGUGCCCCUUUAUUAAAACUGCAUCCUUUGGGCUCAUCGCUGACUCGCCAAGUGCGGUGGAUGCCCUUUCAGGGGCAGUAUGCUGCUGGGACCAUUUGGAAGAACUGAAUUGCAACUUCUUAAACGAGAAAGCCAUAUGUCACCUUGCGGGUUUAAACUCCUUGAGGUCUCUCACUUUUCGUGUCCCUUCUUCCCAAAUGGCUACAUACCAGGGCUUCGAUUAUCCAGACGAUAAGCCGAUGCUUUCAAAUCUCCAAGUGCUUGACCUACGGUUCGGAAAUUCAUUGCCUGUUUGUGCCACUUUCAUCUCCAUCAUCCGCUCAGUGCCCCAACGAAUUCACCUAUCGUUCAACAUCCUGAACCCCCCUCAUCUAUGCAAGAUAUUUUCUGUCCGACUCAAACCUUCUGCAAAUGUACCCCUAGUCGAAAUGUUUGCAUUAGAUAUAGGAUGA